AUGUACCACGCCGUUUACACACCUCCCUCUUCUCCCCCCUCAUCCCCUGCGCGUUCAAUAUGGGAAGAUUCCUCUCCACCAGCAUCCCCCAUAAUCACAGAACCAACCAUGGACACGAUACGCGCAGAUCCGCUGGCAGGUUCCUACUUCUCCAACAGAAACAAGCGACCUGUAACUGGUGACUUUCGAGAGAGUCCGUCGAAGAGAGCCCGGCAUCGCGACUCUGUCGACUCUGACGCGGAAGAACCAACCAUUACAACCAUUGACCCAGCUCAGUCGGCUGAAGACGAGAUCUGGGAGGCAGCGGGCACGAACGCCUACGAAAGUGGACAACUUAAGAUUGACUUGGGAGGUCGUCAUCUUACAAAAAUACCGCCUCAGUUCAUUUUGGAUCUGAAAAGCAUUGUCGUGCUGCGUGAUGCUCCAGGUUUAUAUGACGACGAGAAUUAUCCUGGGAGAGUAUCGUCAGCUGUCAAGGCUGGCCUUACGGCUGGCAGACGACCGUUCACCCGCGUAUACACUGCUCCUGCAACCACCUCUCGUGAAGUCCCGCGAAAUUUCAACGAUCGCUCCCGUUCGAUCGCGAAUGUUGCCGUGAUGAACAGCAUGAGACAGGACAGGGCUGAACUAUUUCUCUCAAAUAAUAGUAUCUCGAAACUGCCGCUUGAAUUGUGGAGUUUGCACAACCUAGCUAUCCUUGCUCUACAAAACAAUGGUCUCACCUACCUUCCUCCGGAAAUAGCACGACUUAGGAAUCUACGAGAGUUGAACAUUGCAAACAACCGUCUCAAAUUCGUGCCGUCAGAGAUGAUGAACAUGGAGUUACAUCAACUUCGCCUGUUUCCCAACCCCCAAUUUCUUCCCGAACCGGACUCUCGCCACCUCCCACGACGAGCCGUCUCAGAGAUCCGACAUACUUCUGGUGCAGUUCCUUCGCUUGUCGAGCUUAUGCUGCGCAAGUUACUGUCUCCACCAAGUAACGAUUUGUCUUUGGAUUUCGGAUCGGGCGCCAGGGAAAAUCCGAAGACGACGCUGGAACAGUUGUAUGACCUUCCGCUGUUGAGUGGGAAUGGAUGGCGACCUUUAUCAGGACUGAUACGAAGGAUACUCAACGCUUGUGUUCGAGACUGUAUUGCCGAAGACUUUGCGGAGAAAAACAGAAGAUCAGGGGAAGACCAAUCGCAGGAAAUAACGGGUGUGGGUGUUUGCGCGAACCCUCAACAUGAUGGGGUAUUCCUUCAACAUGCGGAAGAGCGCUUCACCUGGGAAGGGAUUAUCGCUGGUCAAAGUGUAGGUGGACCUGCGCCUGUGAGAUGGCGCGGAUGUGGACGGGGAUGUCUGUCAUUCCUUCAAGAAACCGUUGGCAAGAGUAAGGAUGUAGACUUUGUAGUGCAGAGCGUCCAUUUUGGGACAGACGAAUUGGGAUUUGAUGAGUGA